ACGACUACGGUGAGACACCGAGGUAUCAAUAAUGUCCUGGAAAAUUUAUUGAUUUUUUUUUCUCGUAAGAAUCUGAAGAAUUCCAAAAGUAUUCCAUGAUUUCACGGGGUAUUUUUGGUGAUUGUAACGGCAGUGGACGUAGUUCAGUUCUUUUAGAACAUAAGAUAAUUUACGAUGCAAGUGAACAAUAAAGUUUCUCCAAUCGUUAUUAUCGAUCCAAUGUCACAGAGAAUAACAAUUCGGUGACUGAUAUUAAAAAUCGAUAAGUCGAAUAAUAAAAAUGGACGAACAGAAGAAAUCUCUGUGUCCGCGACUCGUGGAUUACAUGGCCAUUGUUGGGGCAAGGUCAUGUUCAGGUUCGAGGCAGCCUGUUCAGGUGCCGGAACUACUGCGCCGUUAUCCAUUGGAGGAUCACAAGGAUUUUCCAUUACCCCUCGAUAUGGUGUACUUCUGUCAACCAGAAGGAUGCACCAGUGUCGGCCCUAAACGCACUGCACUGAGGGAAGCUACGUCAUUCACUUUCACCCUCACUGAUAAGGAUUCAGGAAAAACUCGUUACGGGACAUGUGUAAAUUUUUAUCGUCCAGUGGAACGAAUAACAAGUUCAACCACAACAGGAAUGAGGAUUCGAAAAGAUAAAAAUGAUCCGAAAUUGCGAAAAGAAAGUUGGCGGAAGAGCAUGGAGAAAAGCUCGGAUUCAGCGUUCUCGAGCGACCACAGAAGCAGUGCAAUUGGGCCCAGCGAUUCUGACAGAGAAUACCCCAGCAGGAGGGAUUCAGAUACGCCUAUGGCAAUCCGGGCACCGCGUCUGGGCAUCACUGCUCCAAGUGGAGACAGUGAGAGUGGUGGCAGCCACUCACCCUCACCCAGAGCAUCACGCAGGAGGCAGAGGAUUAGAAAUCACUCGCUUACUUCUCUCUGCAUCAUCUCGCACCAUCCAUUUUUUUCACGAUUUCGAGAAUGCCUUUUCGUAUUGAAGAAGAUUAUUGAUGCGUGCAAUGACAAUAUGUCGCCACAAAAGGUUGGAGCAUCGAAACAAACUAAUAGGGACACAGUAUGGAGUGUCCUCGCAAAUCAAUGCUUCGAGGGCGCCUCCUCCCUCGUCCUCCAUGACGUCCGUGAGAUAGAAACCUGGAUCCUUCGUCUACUGAGCGCCCCCGUUCCAGUCCCCGAAAAAACCCGCCUCGAAAUGGAGAUAGUCUCGCCCCAGAUUCAGCCCCCCCUUUGCUUCGCUCUUCCAGAUCACGUUCGCUUUUCCCUCGUUGACUUCCCCCUCCACUUACCCCUAGAGCUCCUUGGCGUGGACAUUUGUCUCAAAGUCCUGACACUGAUACUCCUCGAGCACAAGAUAGUAAUGCAAUCACGUGACUACAACGCACUCUCAAUGUCAGUGAUGGCGUUCGUGACCAUGAUCUACCCCCUGGAGUAUAUGUUCCCAGCCAUCCCAUUACUCCCAACAUGUAUGAACUGCGCAGAACAGCUCUUAUUGGCCCCAACACCCUUCGUAAUAGGGAUCCCAGCGUCGUUCCUCCUGUACAAGAAGAACUUCGAGCUGCCCGAUGACAUCUGGCUGGUGGAUCUGGAUAGCAACAAGAUAACAGCACCAACAGGCCCCUGUGACCACCUCCCAGCACUUCCUGAGCCUGAAGGAUCAAUCCUGAAGAAUCAUUUGAGACAGGCAAUGCAACUGAUGGACCAGGCCGGUUCUAAUAUCGUUCCAAGCGUUCCAGGAUCACAAAGAUCUUCAAUCUCCCCCCAGCCUGGCCUUCCAUCUCCAUCACGCCGAGAGAGCAGUUCAUCUCACCACUCAACUCUCAGUGUUAUCUCCUCCACGAAACAUCGAGCCAGUGUAGACGUUGGAGUGGGCCACAGUCCGAUCAGUUCACCUGGAGCCUCUGGUGCCUCUUCACCAAGUAGAAACUUCAAUCCUCCCAUCCAAAAAGUACCUCAACCUCCCUUCAAUCCUUUUAUCUACGGCAAUGACGUCGAUUCUGUGGAUGUAGCGACCAGAGUUGCCAUGGUUCGCUUCUUCAAUUCACAGAAUCUACUAGCUAAUUUUACUGAACACACCAGGACCUUGAGGCUGUACCCAAGGCCUGUCGUUGCUUUCCAAAUUAACUCGUUCCUCAGGUCGAGACCUAGGACGAGUGAGUUUUUGGAUAAGUUUGCAAGGACGCAGGCUGUGGAGUUUUUAGCUGAGUGGUCACUGACGCCAAAUAAUGUUGCGUUCCUGAGGGUACAGACUGGGGUUUUUGAUCCGGCGCAGAUUGGGGAUAAGCCUAAGUGGUAUGCAGCUUCAUUGGAGCCCAUUCAUUUCUCGGUCUGGGAUACUUGCAGUUCGCUGGUGAGUGCGCUGAAGAGCAUUGAGGAGAUGGAGAAUCAACCGACUGACGAGAGCGGAUCGGACUCGGAGGACGCAGAGAGUACCAGUUCGAGUUAUUCGUCGCUUAGUGAUUUUGUCUCUGAGAUGGUUUCUUCAGAUUUAUCACCAAGUUACAACUAUCAAUCACAAACAGCACAGCCACAAGUGAUGUCCCUGUCAGUGGAUCCUAAAAACGUAUACAAUCCACCGGAUACACUCCAGUACCCAGGAAUUGAGGAUGACGUACAGGCACGUGCAGACAGUCCACCGAGUACAUCCUCGAGUCACAGUGAUUUGAGUAGUCCAAGUUUUAAUCGGGAUUCUGAGUUAGAAUUGAUACCAAAGAGCCAAGAACAAUUUCAACUCCCGAAGCACCAGCCAGUGCCGAUGAUUCCCAGUCUGGAGAGGCAAUCGAGCACCGGAAACGUUACGAGUAGGACCUCGAGUUUUAGUAGUCCAGUGGGACCUCUAUUAACUCGUCAGGUCAGUAGUGAAAAUACUUCCCCUCGUAAAAGCCUACCAGGCAUGCCACCAGAGUUUCCUCCACACCCACCACUCCCCCAAAGACAGAACAGUGGAGGAAGUCCAGGGGCUGGAAGCGGGAAUGGAGUGCUCAGACAGGGGUCUCAGGGCUCCCUCUUCGAGCAGAUUGCCCAUCAAGCUAAGGAUCUAGUCAGGGAAACGACCAGGCAAAGCAGUCAGGAUGGAUUUCUGGCUCACAUGGACAAAUUUAAGCAUCAUGCAAAGGAGAAGAUCACUGAGGUUGGUGAGGAUAGUCCGUUUGCCGCUCUCGAGCAUUUAACACAACAAACUAAGAAAGCUAUGGAUGAGGCUACGAAGUCGGUGCAAGAGGCCUCCAAGAGUGCAAUGGAAGCGGGAAAAACCGCUGCUGGCGUCAGUAAGAAUACUCUGGAUGACUUGACUUAUGUUGGGAAAAGUACGAUUGGAGAUUUAACGAAGAGUGCUAAGGAAGUUGCUACUAAAAAGGGUUUACUGAAGAGCUUGGGAGACUCUCAACAAUCUCCACCUCACACUCCCCCCUCGCCGAGUAUGCAACAGAGAAGAGACGUCAGCAAUACUCAAUUAGUAGCUCCAGAAACACGAGUUAAACGUGACAUUGGCCGUGACUUCUUCAGUAACGUCAGCAGUGAUAUAAAUGGAAUUGCAGCACAAACCAGUGACAUGUUCAGUGGUUUAUUCGGUAAUAAAGGAGGGAAUAAAAAUUCUGGUCUCUUGGCUCAAGGACAGAAGGGGAAAAAUAAAUCACCGACUUUCGGGCCAUUCAGGAGAGGAAAAACCGGAAGUGUGGAAAAAACUUCUUUGAUAAAGCAUUCAACGAGUAGAGAUAGCCGAGAAGAUUUGCAGAGGAUGCAGAAUACUGAGAGAACGAAUACGAAUAGUGACAAUCAGGCAUUUUUGACGGACGUGGUUCAUCAGGUGCUGGACGGCGAGGGAGUGGGAUUUUUCAAGCUCAAUCGGUUAAGGAAGCUCAUGGAAGAUGAGAGUUAUCGUGAUCUCGUUGUUACGAAGUUGAAUAAGGGAUUGAAUCGCCGGAUCAGUCCUGAUGAUCAUAUCGAUGAUGUGUGUAUUUCUCGGGGCGUCUACAAAGGAAUGCUCAUGUGCCUUCAAGCAGUGGCCCACGGUCUGAAUUCCACUUACGAAAAUUUUGGUUUGGGUGGUAUGGCGUCGGUUUUUCAAUUGAUGGAAAUUGCUCACACGCACUACUGGAGUAAAGAUCUAUCGGAUGGGGCAUUAGAGGGACCUCUUAUGCUUCAAGCAAGUUCAUAUGGUAGUCAUGAUAGUUUAAGAUCUCACCCAUCAUCAAAGCAAUCAGAAUAUGGUGAAGUAACAAGAAAAUUAUCAUCCCAAGAUCCUUCGCAAGUGCGUCUCGAAAUUUCCCAUGCUUCAUCAGCACCAGCACACUCUGAUAAUAAUCAAUCCACUACGGAUUUAUUUCUCGAUAUGUUUUCGAAGAAGGGAAAGUUGCUGAGUAAAUUGGCUUCGUUUGAUUCCGAAGGCAAUAAAAGCUCGUCAGCAAUCUCCAGCGAUUCUCAGUCCUCAGAGCGAUGUAGUAUAUUGAAUCAUCCAGCAUUUCGACCAUCCAAUCAAUCAUCAAUUCGCAGUGCUGUAUCUGACAGCGAAGUUGACGGCAAUAGCCGUGACAAACGCUCAGGUAGCAUAUGGUCCAGUAAAUCAUCGCUCAGCACUGGUUUUAGGUAUCAUGGGGGUAAUUUAGUGACUACAGCGACUACUCCGAGUCCUGAGGCUGCUAGGACUUAUUUGUUUGAAGGUUUAUUGGGGAAGGAACGUUCUCGUUUAUGGGACCAAAUGCAAUUUUGGGAAGACGCGUUCUUAGAUGCUGUGUCGCAGGAGCGGGAUAUGAUAGGAAUGGAUCAAGGGCCAGGGGAGAUGAUGGAGAGGUACAAAAGUUUGAGCGAAAGCGAACGUCGACGACUCGAGCACGACGAAGACAGAUUACUAUGCACUCUACUCCACAAUUUAACAGCAAUUUUAGUGAUGCUGAAUGUUAAUAAGCUCGAGGUCAAGAGAAAAGUUCGAAGAUUACUUGGGAAGAGUCACAUCGGGCUCAUUUAUAGUCAAGAGUUGAAUCAAUUACUCGACCAAAUUGAUAACUUGCACGGGAAUGACAUUGAUUUGAAGCCACUGACGUCUCGACAAAUGCACAGACAAUCGUUUACCGUCCAUGCUGGUACGGAUGCCGACGGCGAACUACGUUUUCUCGAAGUACGGCACGACGGACUCGUUUUGAGAUCGGUAAACGGUGUAAUUGUCGAGCGUUGGUGGUACGAGCGUCUUGUCAACAUGACGUGCAGCCCCAAGAACAAAGUACUAUGUUUGUCAAAGAGGAAUGUAGAUCAGCUGGAGCUUCAUAAUUAUUACACUAAAAAAUGCAAAGAUCUUUAUUAUUGUAUAAAAGACGCCAUAGAAAAAGCUGCAGCCCGAGGUCGGGCGAAUCUCGGUGUCGAGCUCGGUGAUGAAUUCCCGGUUCAAGACAUGCGUACUGGCGAGGGUGGUCUUCUUCAAGUUUGCAUUGAGGGUGUAGGCCUACUUUUUGCUAACAGCAAGGAUUUCGAGUUCUUUGUAAGAUUUGAUCAUAUCCGCAAGUGCUUUACCCAGAAUGGAGGCGUUUUCGUGUUGGAGGAAUACAAUCCGAAAAAUCGACAGAUUAUUCAACGUAAAUAUAUAUCUCCCAUGGCCCGAGAGAUCUGUUACGCUGUAAUCUGCGUAUUUUCAUACCUCGCAACUGGUCUGAAGCAACGUAAAUUAUCUCAGAAGGAUCAAGAGUCUCUGUCGAAUGCCACACGCAUCAUAACACAGGAGACAGCAGCAUUGCAAACUGAUAAUCAUCGCUGACAACGAUACGAAGAUUCUAUAAUAUAUGUACGAGAGCCCCGUAGUAACAUUCCACGUGUUUCCCUCGCCAGCCUGAUGACACUCAACGUCACAUUCGAAAGGUCGCGUUAAGCGAUUGUUUUUUUCUCUAUCCGAAAAACGAAGAAAUACAUUUCUUUGAUCUAUUAAAGUCAUAUUUUACAGGUACACUCAUGCGGAAUUUAACGCUUGAACGAAUAUUUAAUGCAAUAACUUGAGGCAAAUGCGUGAAAAAAAUAAAGGUUCCACGAGGAAGUUAUCAACGGUUCUAAUUGCACUAACGAUGAAAAGUCAUGAGAUAAUUCAAAUGAGCAUUAUUCGAGCGAGUGCCUAUCGAUGGAUGAAACAAUCAUUUCAUUCACUAAUUAUGUACUUCAUUAUUUUGAGACAGUCAGAGGCCAAUAUAGUGAGACUCCACAGUAUUACACAAAUACCAUGAUUGUGAAUAUAUGUACAUAAUCAUAAAAAUCCUCCGAUAUAAAAAAAACCUUUCGCAAUAAGUGGAAUCAUUCCUGAAAUUACUGUCAGAUCUUCGUAGAGCAUCUGCAUUAUCUGUACGAUAUUUGACAGAUAGAUUUAAAGAUAGAUUAUUGCAGUUGCAAAUUAGAUUAUAUGAGAAUAAUGGAUUCUAUUUCCGUGAUACUUUAUACAUAUGACAACAAGACAAAUCUUGAGUAAUGUCUAUAAUUUAUUAGUGACUGUAAAUAUUUGUUGUUAAUUAUUAUGUAUUAUGAAAAAGAUGAUUAAAUUAAAGUUUCUGCCAAUGGAGUGGAAACGAAUCAUAUAACA